AUGUUUGAAAUCAGCGUUGCCAACUUGAUGGGUUUCCCGUUACAAAUAAGGAAAAAUAUGCAACACAAGUUUCGCAACGAGUGGCUUCAAGAUAUUCAAUGUAAGGAUUGGAUUGUGCGAAAAGAAACAAGUCCAGGAGAAUUCGUGGCGUCUUGCAAAUUUUGUAUGUGUGUUGUAAGUAAAAAUAAUAAAUACUCGGAUUUAAAAAAUCAUAUAGAAACAAAAAAGCACAAAAAACGGCAAAACAUAUGCUCACCGAUGAGACAAAAAACCCUGCCUGUGAUGAAAAAGUCAAUUGAAAAAACAAAGGUUUGUGAGGCUUACAUCUCACUCUUCAUUGCUGAACAUACCAGCAUAGCGACUGUUGACCACCUAGGACAAAUGAUGAAAAAGGCUGUCAAUGAUUCUGACACUAUAAAAGACAUUCAUUUACAUCGAACUAAGUGUUCCAACAUCAUAAAAAAUACUUUAAGUCCACAUUUCCAAGAGACAUUAAAGAAUGACAUUGGGACUGGGAAAUUCAGUUUACUUUUAGAUGAAUCAACAGAUAUCAGCAUUUCUAAAUAUCUCGGUAUUGUGAUUAUUUAUUAUAGUUCAGCUUUAAAAAAAAUAAUAACAACAUUUUUAAAACUAGCUGAGUUGAGCAGUUGUGAUGCAAAUGGAAUAAUUUCUGCUUUAAAAAAUACUCUAACAGAGUUUAAUUUAAACUAUAAAAAUAUUCUUGGCUUAGGAACUGACAACGCGAGUGUUGUGACUGGUGUAAAUGAAGGUGUCUACCAAAAGCUUAAACGUGAAAUUCUCGGUUUGGUUCUGAUUCGGUGUGUGUGUGUGUGUGUGUCAUUCAAUUCAACUAGCUACAUGAAAAGCUGUCGAAGGAAAUAUGCCAAGGAAUUUAGAUUACAUAACUUCUCAAACUUCUCUCAAUCACCAGGCAGACGAGGUGAUUAUAAAACUUUGUACAAAUUGAUUAAUGACAACCACGAACCUGCAAAAAUAGUUCAAGCGUGUCAAACUCGUUGGUUAUCGAUACAUUCUGCGGCUGAUAGAAUUUUAAAUCAGUGGGUAGAAUUAAAAACUCAUUUUGACAUAAAUAGACAUGAAUAUGUGGCAGAAAUGUUAUUUAAUAUGUACAGUGACGAGAUAAACCUGGCUUUGUUUUUGUUUUUAUGUCCAUUUCUAAAUGAAUUACAGCGAGUGAAUAAGGCUUUUGAAGCCCAAAAUGCUGAUCCUUGUAAACUCUUCCAAGAUUUAACUACUUUGAUUGGAUUUUUCGUUUCUAAAGUCGUAUUACAACGCACGUACACUGAUCCGUUGACUGUUGAUGUUGAAAAUUAUUUAGAUCCAAAUCCAUAUCUUGGUUCUGGUUUUGAAUUGAAAAUUAUUGAGUUGAAAGAGAAGAAAGCUAUAACAGAACAGCAAGAAAAAGAACUACGAGAACGGUGUAUUAAAUGUUUAAUUAAAUUGGCUCACGAAUUACGCUCGAGAUUACCGGACAAUGUUCAAAUUUUACAAAAACCAAACUUAUUAGCUUGUCAAAAUGUACUGAAGUUGAACGAAACCAAAGCAAACUUUUUAAAAAAUUGCUUUGAAGUAACUGCAAUAUUAUAA